AUGGAUGCGAUGGAGAACUACGAUGCCGAUAAACUUCAUGCAUUGAUACGUAAACCCGAUGUUAUUCGCAACAUUGCUGUCUUGGGGCACAUCGGUCACGGCAAGUCUACCCUAGUGGACUCAGUAUUGAUGAAAGCAGGCGUAAUUGCGACGGCCCGAAAUCAUUCCAGCUUGACUGAAGGUGUUAACGAGGAUACAUGUAGCGCGAAUUCCAGGCUAGCUGUGUUUUCCUUUCUGGGUCACAGUCAAGACGAUACAGAAAACAACAGGGAUAUAGCGCCAAAUCCAGACGGAAACGAGGUUUUAGUCAACAUCAUCGACACCCCAGGACAUGCAGACUUAUUUGCAGAAGUUAGUGCUGCCAUAACCGUAACAGAUGCCGCGAUUAUGACUGUCGAUGUUAUUGACGGCGUCCGGAUGCAGACAGAGACUAUUCUCCGUCACGCUCUGAUGAAAGGUGUCAAGCCGGUUAUAAUGAUGAAUAAACUCGAUCUUGCUCUCUUAGAGACACAAGUCACCAAGGAGGACCUUUAUCAAUCACUCUCCAGAAAUAUUGAACUAAUUAAUGCCGCCAUGCCCUCUCUGCCGGGCAUCGCUAUCGGUCCAGUCCAGGUAUCUCCCAACAAGGGUUCGAUAGCUUUUGGUUCAGGUUUGUACAACUGGGCUUUUACUCUCGAUCAAUUUGCUGCAAAAUAUGCAGCAAAAUUUGGGAUUGACAGGGCUAAGGUGACAAAGCGCCUUUGGGGUGAGCACUACUUUAACCCUUACACGAAAACCUGGGUCAAGGAACCAUACUAUGACGGCAAACCUCUUGAACGCUCAUUCAACAAAUUUAUCUUGGACCCCAUCUUCAAAAUUCACGCCGCUAUCAUGCAUGGUUCAGCUGCUGAUAUUGCCACCAUCCUUGAUAGGCUACAGAUCGAACUUAGUCCUAGUGAUAGAAGUAGGGAGGGUAAGGAACUGCUGAAAGUAGUUAUGAAGUCAUUUCUCCCAGCAGCUGAUGCUAUAAUGGAUAUGAUAAGAAUUCAUCUUCCAUCGCCAGCAACGGCGCAGAAGUAUCGCACUGAGCUAUUAUAUGACGGAAGCAUGGAGACUGAUGCGGCAAUUGGGGUCGUCAAAUGCAGCGCGACGUCCCCCUUGGUGAUUUAUAUUUCGAAAAUGAUCCCUACAUCUACACCAGGCACCUUUUAUGCGUUCGGUCGCGUCUUUUCUGGGACAGCCAUGUCGGGGCUACCUGUCGAAAUCCAGUGCCCCGAUGGUAGUCCCAGCGGACGGACUGACCAAUUUCGCAGCACUAUUAGUCAACUUUUCCUCAACGUUGGAACAGAGUUUAAACGCGUCAACAAGGUAUCAGCAGGAAACCUGAUAGCCUUGUCUGGCUUUGAUCAAUACCUUCUACGUUAUGGCUUAAUUACCACCGGCGACAUCGGACUGGCUGCUAAAGCUGCGCGGCGGACUGCACCGAUGACUCUUCAAUACUGCGUUCAGACAGCAAAUGCCCAAGACCUGCCAAAGCUAGUCGAGGGGCUCAAAUGUCUCUCCAAAUUUGAUAAUGAUGUUCAAACAAGCGUUUCUGAGUCUGGCGAGUACAUUAUUGCGGGACGAGGAGAACUUCAUUUGGAAAUUUGCUUACAGUACCUCAAGAAACAGUGCUCUGAGGCCACCCUCGUUGUUUCUGAACCUACAACACAGUAUCAAGAAACUGUGCAACAAGUCUCCAGUAGAGUCGCGCUCUCUAAGAGUCCAAAUAAGCACAGUCGUCUAUAUAUGACUGCAGAACCAAUGGGCGAGAAAUUAUUAACCGCUAUUGAAAACGGCGUGGUCUCCGCCAGCGCCGACUACAAAGUCCGUGCAUCUAGUCUAGCGAAAGAAUUUAAUUGGGAUAUCAUCGACGGUCAAAAGAUUUGGGCCUUUAGCCCAGCCUACGUUGGUGCCAACUUGCUAGUUGACCAAACCAAGCAGGUCCAGUAUCUUUACGAGAUUCGCGACUCUGUUACCGCCGGAUUCCAAUGGGCUACACGUGCAGGUCCGAUAGCCGAGGAGCCUAUUCGGUCCGUUCGGUUCAAUCUUAUCGACGUUGUACUCAAUUCUGAUGCUAUUCAUCGCGGUGCCGGCCAGAUUAUGCCUACUUCUCGCCGCGUUUUAUAUGCCUCAAUGCUUCUCGCCAGUCCGGCCCUGUUGGAACCUGUAUAUAUUGCAGAUAUCCAAGUUCCAAGAGACGCUAUGUACGCAGUUCGUACAACUCUCUCGCGACGUCGCGGUUGUAUCUUGUCAGAACAGGAGCAUUUUCUUGAGAAUAUUUUCAAUGUAAGAGCUUCUCUACCGGCUAGCGAGACCCUUGGCAUUAGGGAGGAGCUAGCAUCAAACCUGUCUUUUGCACAGCUUGCAUUUAGUGGUUGGCAAAUAUGUCCUGGCUCGCCUCUGCACGCCGAGACGACUGCAGGAAAGGUUGUCGCUGCAAUACGUAAACGAAAGGGUAUUAAAGAUGAUAUCCCUAUCGUUGAUAUGUUUGACGAUAAAUUAUAG